GCUCGCCAUUUAACUAAAACUCAUAAUUCUCAUUUGUGUUGCAAAUAUAAAUUUUAAUAAAACCUAUAUUUUAUCAGGAUUUUAUUUUAUCUUUUAUGUGAAAUUGAUGAAUAGAGGGUGAGCUGCUGUGAUUGUGAGUGUACGUUAUUUUAUAUAUGAAAGGGAACUCCAUUGUUUAAAUGAUAUGUGAUCAAAACAAAAAUAUAAACAUGGCGGUGUGUGACUUAGACAAUGAUAUAUCUGGGGAAGUGCUAGGAUGGAAGUUACCGGAUUGGCAGGCAUUGCUGUUUCAUCGUGUGCUACCAUCUUGUGGCGGACUAGCAAUUUAUUUGACUGUUAUUUGUUACGAUUUAGCACUUAUUUACGAACAUAUAAAUAAUGGUUAUAAAGCACUUGGCAUAUUGUAUUUAAUACUAAUGAUAUUGCCAGCUCUGCUGUCGUUAAUAUUUACGUUAGCAUCACCGCCACCUGGCCUACAGACCGAGGAAUCAGCUUUUACAGUUACGAUUAACAAUGAUGACGUCAGGUGGAUUUUCGAAGAAAUUUUGAAGACUGUACUAUUUCCUAUAUCUGUUUGUGGCAGAUACUGUUUUUUAAUAUUUUGGUGGAUAGAAGCGGUGUACGCCGCCCGCGAAAACGAUGAAGAUAGAACAAAGGAAGCCCUGUCCAAAGCUCGUAAACCAUCAUCGGUCGAGCUGUACUUAUUCCUGCAAGCUUUCAUACAUUCGGCACCUUACGUCGUUAUAAACAUUUUGGAUAUGAUGGCGAACUAUGCGGACCCGAAAUAUGAUAGAAUGACUCUGCAAGCAGUGAGUAUGAUUGCUUCAUCACUUCGUAUGGCGAGUACUGCAACGAUAUACAGAAGAUUUGAAAGGGAAAAACUGUGUGGACGUAAAUAUCCAUGGAAUGCUAAGACAGAAAGUGAAAAUUUAAAUAAAACUGUUGAUUCCGAAAAGGAAAACAGAACAAAUGAAACUGUCACAGUCGAACCACUCUUUGGUGCUGUAUUAGAACGACAUUCAUCAUCAAUUUCUCGUAAAACAAUUGACGACAGGGAUGAAAUUAUAAGUGAUUUGAUACAUUUUUCACCAAGGAACUCAGAAAAGAAUUCCGUAUUAUACGAAGAUAAUAUCGAUUACAAUUCGCAUUCCGAUACAAGUUCUGACUACUCGCCUCCUGCGACGCGUAACGAGAUACUGGACAGUGAUGAUGAAUACGUUAAGCCGAUAUCGAUUAUAGAUAAAAUAGCACCGCGACGAUCCGCUGAAUACACGGUAGAGCAUGUGUACGUCCCUCCGCCGCCAGCGUUCAUGGCCCCGCGGCCAGGGUCCUUCGCUGUGUGGGCGGAGAAAUUAGUCGAAAACGCGGAAUCAAUCCCCACGUGGCUGUCUGCCCCGCCAAGAAGAAAACACUGGGAAGUCAUCCCGGACGAACCUGACGUUCCACGGCGAGUACCACGUAACUACAUGCGAGGUCUCCAGCCUCAGGAUGCCACAGCAGCUUUAGUAAAUUUUUUAGGGUGGUAUGCUUUUUUUGUAGCGCGUUUGCUCUCUAUCGCAGCUUUUAUAGAUUUUUUUCCGUUCGUAGCGAUUAUAAUUUUAAUGUGCCACUAUCAAGCCAUGUUGCUAUUUUUAAUAGUCCCACAGGCGAGUACAGUGAAGAGGGCUUUCUAUGUGUUCCUCGCCUUCAUAUACUUAUUUUGCCUUAUGGAGUUUAAGAUCCGUUUCCGCCACGUUCGCGUGUGGCAUGUGUUUUGGAUCAUAGUGUGCACUGUUGAGAUCGUUGUAUUCAUAUCUUUAUGGGCGACCAUUGAUAAUAAUCUCCACGAUUGGUGGAAACAUUUCGUAGUAACUGUGACCCUCGUCAGUAUGUGUAUUAGUUAUGCACUGUUUCUUUCAUAUUUCGCCCUCUUGCAGCCCAGAGAGACCGUUGUAUAUGUCGACGAGAAAAACUGUUACAAAUAUAGGAAAGAUUUAGAGAAAAUUAAUAAAUUAGAUAUUUAAUAAUUUCGAUGAACAAAACUUUACUUUAUCUGUAUUACGUACUAUAUUUGUCAAAUUUGUAUAUAUGUGGGUAGUCGUUGGCACGAUUGGCUGAUAAAUAGACUAUGAAACUGUUAUUUAUUGUCUUGUAUAACAAAAAAAGUCGUAAAACAUUGCAUAACGUUAACGCAUACGCCUAGAGCAUUACACCCAUAUGUAACUAUUGUACCCGAGUCGUCUAGGCUGACAUUCCGAAAGGUGCCUGGCGUAAUACACUUACAGCAAUAAACAUGGUGCUUUGUGUUAUACACUUCAAAGAAAAGUAUACACUUCACGUGAUUGAAGUCAUCCUUUUGCUCUUUAAUGCAUCGCAACAAAUUUUAUUCUUUUAAUCUUUGUACAUUCGUUCCAACAAAAAUGUUUUCGAAAAUCUUUAGGUAUAAGUUUUUAUAAUAUACUCUAUAAACUAAGAAGAAAAUAAAUUAAAAAUUAAAAUUUACUAAAAUAAAUCCCAGAUUUUAAUUAGGUAUUUAUAUUUUCAAUAAACAAAAGUUAUAUACACCUUACCUAACAACUAAAAACCGUAUCUCUAGGUUACUGAGCGGGCGUUUCUAAGUACUUUUUAUACUAUAAUACUACAUAGUAAUAUAAAAUCUGUGGAGUGAACCCUGUCUCGAAAUAAAAAAUCAAACGAAACGCAUGGCUAAAUUGUAAACGAUCUAAAGAACUUAAGAUGAAAGAUCGUUAUUCAUUCAGGAUUUGUGUUGUAGAUCACAUUUUUUGCGAGAUGUCUUAAUUAUGUCAGAUGUCCGUAUUGCGGUUAUUUUAAGAAUGACCUACAAAAACGUACCUAUAGUACAAUCUAAGUACUAUCCUAAUCAUACAGAAAAAAUACGAAAUCUUUUUCUAUUUUAGUCUUAUAGACCCAAUAACCCA